UUUGAGUAACAGUGCUCAGCUCCACCAUAUUCAACUCCCCGCCCAUUGACGCUCGUUUCUGCUCGUUUCCUACAAGACGUUCGGUGGACGUGUCGUUUAGUUGUGAAAAUGCAAGCGAUUAAGUGUGUAGUGGUGGGUGACGGAGCGGUUGGUAAAACAUGUUUGUUGAUCAGCUACACAACAAAUGCUUUUCCAGGAGAAUACAUCCCAACUGAUGUCUUCCUUAUUUGUUUCUCUCUAGUAAAUCCUGCAUCUUUCGAGAACUGGUACCCAGAAGUCCGACAUCAUUGCCCCAGCACACCUAUCAUCCUCGUUGGAACUAAACUUGAUUUGCGAGAAGAUAAGGAAACAAUUGAGAAACUGAAGGAUAAGAAGUUAGCACCAAUCACAUACCCACAGGGCCUUGCAAUGGCUAAAGAGAUUGGAGCAGUCAAGUAUUUGGAAUGUAGUGCCCUGACCCAGAAAGGACUGAAGACUGUGUUUGAUGAAGCAAUUCGAGCCGUCCUCUGCCCAGUGCCAGCACCAAAACCGAGACGGAAAUGUGUCUUGCUUUAAGGAUUUUAGUUUGAUGUUAAAUGGGAAGGGAAUGAUUGAAAUUAAGAUACAUUUAUAUUAAGAAAAUACUAUGUCAAAGUGUGCGGACAAUUGGUAAGACACAAUUUGACUUUGUGAAGUGUGAGACCAGUCCUCUCACCUGUGUUACAUCAUGUUGAAAAGUGUUGCGACAAUUCCUUGAAGGUUGGUAUCUGGUGGCAAGUGUGGGCUUCACGUAGGAACAGAAGGAUGAUGGACAUGUUCUUGUCUCCUGGUGGUUGCUUCAUACAUUUGAAACUACUUAAAAUUGAAUGCACUUUGCAGUGUUCAGAAAAGUGGCUUUGACUAAGUAAUUCUAUGUAGUUAAGUUUUCUCAUGCACACAUAUGAAGUAAUAGAUUUGUAUUGCCCUCAGAGAAUGUGGGAUAUUUUGGAUUCUCAUGUGCAUUUGAUAUAAAAUUUUAAAAUCUACCCAAAGCUAUGAAUGUUUAACAUGCAUUGUGUAUGCUUAGUAGUGAUAUUGCUUAAAUGUUGAAGAAACAUAAUAUGAAUUAAUGGAAGGCCUAAUACAUUGAUGCUAUGUUGUUUGUUUAUUUUGACAUAAAUCAACUUAUUUGUAGUUUGUUUCUUCAGGAUUUUGGGAAACUGUUUUGUUUUCUGUCAAGUAACACGUUUGCUUUGUGUUGUGUUGGUUAUACCUCAUCUUCCCUCAGAUUUGAAUAUACUACUGUUGGUUGAUUCGUGGUGUCCAUUGUGGCCCUUGUGUGCAAUGUGAAUAUUGCUGUAGUGUGUAUGUUGCUUCUGCUAUAGACUUAUCCAUCCUGUUCCUAUUGGAAGCAGACACUAGGUACUACUGCUCACCGUAUGUCGCAGCUGUUUUGGUGUUAUGUCACCAUUUAAUUUCUACAGCGAUAUUUCCCAAUGGCGUAUAAGAGAACAGUUAUUAUGGGGCUGUGAAGUGGAUCUUUCUGAAAAUGCAAGCCAAGCCAUUUGUGGGAUCAAAUUUAAAAAAAUUUAAAAAAUGAAAAAAUAGGGCACUAGAUGAAAUAAUACAACAAGAGGUUUCAAUUAAUAUUGAAGUUGAAGUGUUUUGUCACUUCAAAAAAGUACACGUUACUUAGUACAUUACAUGGGAUCUGAUACAACGUAUUCAUAAACCAUUUCACAUCCAGAAACUUCCAAUCCACAUUAAAAAUCUGUGUCUAGCAGACUGUUAUGGUUGUGAUGUAGGCCAAGAUAUAACAGAAUGUGCUGAUCAAAAAUGUCUGCAUAGCCAGAUCAUUGAUAUAGAGCAUGUUCAGUAAUUUAUGAUUGUUAUCUCUUGUUGGAAAAACUUACGUAAAAAUAUUAUUUGUUCCAUACCUUACCAUGUAUUAAACCUACAGUGUGAGAAAUAUUGAAUAUGUUGUACAAUUCUCAUAGGACUACCUAAUGCAGUGUUCAUUGGCAGGGCAGUGCUGUUAAGAUAUGAUUUGAGAUGCCAGAAAAAAUCGAACAAAGCAUAUCGUAUGUACAGUGGAAUUUUAAAAUUACUACCUUUCAGCAUUUGUGAGCCACUCUUGCCUACAAAUACUGAUUAUGUUUGCACAAAACCUGAGCAAAUUAACUCAUUUUUAAAGAGGGCUUCUUUCUAAGUAAAAUGCUUAUGUCAGGGAAGUGAAUUUAAAAAAUAGUAUCUCAACAUUUGACACAACAGAUAGCUGUAUGGCAGUUUCUUCUCCUUGGAUUGGUGUAAAUAAACUUUUUAACAAUACUGGAAGUAGACAUGCUUUUGACUAUUUUUUGUGCUUUUCUGUCAUAAAGAGUAACCAAACUAACUUACCUGUUGUUUCAAGGCAACCGUAUAUGCGUUGAAUAAAUGUGACAUCAUGUGAAACAAUUUUCCUUUUUGUAAUAUGUAAUGUUUGUUUUAUUUUACCAUUUCAUGGUAUCGCAAAGAACAAUACAAAGAUUAACCUGCAUUUUAAAUUGUGCUUAGUAACUUAAUUAAGUAACAAGUGACUGAAGUUAUUUACUUUUAAAAUAGAUGGUUGUUUACCGAGCUGUGUAUUCCAAGUUACAAUUAACAAUGGAUAAGUUACUUUGGUUCAGACACUCAAUUUCAUUUUUCAUUCGACUAAGACUAAUUAUUAUAUUUUUCAGUAAAUUUACAAUUGUACAUAGCCUAUACAAAUGGUAAAAUUUGUUAAGAAUAAUUAAAUGUUAUUAAGUUGUAUAUUAAUUAAAAAUACCUAUCAAAUAAUCCAGGAAUUUGAUGUUUAUAGCAAGUUUUUGAAUGUUUAUUUAAUAAUAAAAAUUACCUGCUUUACAGCGUUAAUAAUUCUUUACAUUCUUUUCUUGCCAACUAUCCAGCAUUUUACCAACCCAAAAUUUUACAUCCUGCCAAAAUUUGUGAACUCUUACUUUUUGUUGAGACUUAACUGUUUCACAAAUUCGUAAGCAGGUUUGCAAAAAUUCUUUGCAUAAAAACAUUUUUCAAAUAUAAUAUUCAUUCUUAGUUAGAUUGCUUUCUCCUGGGCAAAAACAGAAAUGUGCUCAGUUAUGGAAAUGAAUUAUCCAGAUCUAGAAAAAGGAGUUCUCUUUGUGAUGGGAAGGUAGGAUUGUUUUCUCAAAUGUGGCUAAAAUAAAUUAUGGUUAAAUGAUAAAAAGGAUGGUUUGGAUGACAUUGUAUUAAAAAAUGCAUUUGACC